AUGAACACGUCUGAACUUGGCCAAAACUCCGAUGAAGACGUGUGUCCUGAGGACAUUGAUGAAGAUGAAAUCCUGGCUAACCUGUCCCCUGAGGAGCUGAAGGAGCUGCAGAGUGAGAUGGAAGUCAUGGCCCCAGACCCUGAAAUCCCAACUGGAAUGAUACAGAGGGAUCAGACAGAGAAACCCCCCACGGGCAGCUUCGACCACAGGUCCCUGGUUGACUACCUGUACUGGCAGAAGGCAUCCAGACGCAUGCUCGAGGAUGAGAGAGUUCCUGUCACCCUCUUGCCCUCUGAGAGAAGUGCUGCAGAGGAGAUGGAAGGAGAGGCCGGCAGCAGUGGCGAGGUGGCUGGAGGGAGGAUGCCAGGACCAGAGGGAAAAGAGAGACAUUACCAAAAUGAGCACGUGUCCGAGUCAAGAACACAACCUGGGGACACAAAGACAGAUAGAAGUGAUAAGGAGAGAGUGGUGGAGGAGGAUGAGAAAGAAGAAGCAGAGGAGGAAGAGGAAGAAGAAGAUGAAGAUGAUGACGAGGAAGAAGAAGAAGAAGAUGAGACUGAAUUGGAAACAAAGAAGAAUUGCACCAAUGAGAACAGUCACAUCAACCAGAUAAGUCAGAAGUCAGGUACAGAACAAGGAGAAAUCAAAGAAAAGCCUAAGGAAAAUGAAAAGAAAAUAUCAAAAUUGAACAUCCCCCAGAAGUUAGCGCUGGAUACCAGCUUCAUGAAGAUAAGUGCCAGACCCUCAGGAAAUCAAACCAAUUUAGAAGACAGUUUGGAGAAAGUCCGAAAAAACAACCCAGACAUGAAGGAGCUCAACCUGAACAACAUAGAAAACGUCCCCAAGGAAAUGCUGAUCGAUUUUGUCAAUGCCAUGAAAAAGAACAAGAACAUAAAAACGUUCAGCCUGGCCAACGUGGGGGCUGACGACAGCGUGGCGUUCGCGCUGGCCAACAUGCUGAGGGAGAACAGGAGCAUCACCACCCUGAACAUUGACUCCAACUUCAUCUCUGGCAAAGGCAUCGUGGCCAUCAUGCGCUGCCUGCAGUACAACGAGACGCUGACGGAGCUCCGCUUCCACAACCAGCGCGGCCUGCUGGGCCACCAGGCGGAGAUGGAGAUUGCCAGGCUGCUGAAAGCCAACAACACCCUCCUCAAAAUGGGCUACCACUUCGAGCUGCCGGGGCCCAGGAUGGUGGUGACCAACCUGCUCAGCAGGAACCUGGACAAGCAGAGGCAAAAGAGGCAAGAAGGGCAAAGGCAGCAGCAGAUGAAGGAGCAGAAAGAGUUGAUAGCGAUGUUGGAGAAUGGACUUGGGUUGCCUCCUGGGAUGUGGGAAAUGCUGGGGGUACCGCUGUCCCAGCUGAGGAUGCAGGAGCCUCCACAAGCCCCCAAACCCCCUGUCCCUGCAGCUGUGUCACUGAGCAAAAGGCAGGAGAACACGAGGCCACCAGCACCCGAGCAGCCGUGCAGGGAGAAACCCAUCAACUUCAAAGUGGUCAAGCUGAAAAAACUUCAGCGCAAACCCCCCGUGCCAGAGUACGUGGAGCCUGCUGAGAAAACCAACCUCAAAGACGUCAUCAAAACACUUAAACCAGUUCCCAGGAGAAGACCCCCUCCCCUGGUGGAAAUAACCCCGAGAGAUCAGCUCCUCAACGACAUCCGCCAGAGCAACGUCGCCUAUCUCAGGCCGGUGCCGUUGCCAAAGCAGCUGGAGUGA